GGCGCCGCCGUUGUCGCUGGUGACGGCGGGACGCGGCGGGGCCGCGGCGCGAGCGCCGGCCUCAGUCGGCGGCGGGCGGCCGCGGGGAGCCGCACGGGGCCUGGGGGCGCCGGGGCCAUGGGCGGCCGCGCCGGGGCCGCCGCCGAGCGGUAGGGCCGCCGGGAACAUGGCGGAGAGGCUGGAAUGGGUGGAAAUCAUAGAGCCUCGAACGCGGGAGCGCAUGUACGCCAACCUCAUCACGGGGGAGUGCGUGUGGGACCCGCCUGCGGGGGUCCGGAUCAAGCGCACCAACGAGAACCAGUGGUGGGAGCUCUUCGACCCCAACACCUCCCGCUUCUACUACUACAAUGCCACCACGCAGCGGACGGUGUGGCACCGGCCGCAGAACUGCGACAUCAUUCCUCUGGCCAAGCUGCAGACCCUGAAGCAGAACACGGAGUCGCCGAGGGCCUCCACGGAGAACAGCCCCGGGAGGAGCAGUAAUGUCAGCAGGGAGGGCAGCACCAGCUCCUCCUUGGAGCAGGAGCUGGAGGGCAGCGAGAAGGCGCAGGACCAGACGAGGUCAAGCCGUCAGUCAACUCAGUAUGCGGUGGUGAAAGAAGAAACAGAAAGUUCCUCGCCUUCUGGAGUGUUUGAGAAAGACUAUGACAUUUAUCGGGAUUACAAUGCAGAAGGUCAACUCCUCCACUACAGGACGUCGUCGCUGCGCUGGAACGCCGGCACCAAGGAGCGCAUGCUCAUCAAGGUGACCGACCGCGAGCCCAGCUUCCUCAUGCACCAGGGCAACGGCUACGCGGCCGAGAGCCAGCCGGGGAGCCGCUCGCGGCGGCCCUCGGGCGGCCAGCAGUCGCCCAACCUGCAGACCUUCGCCCCCGAGGCCGACAACUCCGUCUUCUUCCCCGAGCGCAAGCCGUCGCCCUUCCUGAAGAGAGCGGAGCACGUGGGCAGCUGCUCGCCGCUGCUGGGCCGCGGGGACCCCUUCUGCUCGCCGCUGCAGGCCCAGCACCGCAAGCACUCGAGCGAGUCGCAGCCCUCCUCGCCCCGCUACGCCUACGAGCCGCCCCUCUACGAGGAGCCCCCCAUGGAGUACCAGGCCCCCAUCUACGACGAGCCCCCCGUGGACAUGCAGUACGAAGCCAGCGGCAGCUACAAGGCCGGCUCCCCGCAGAAGUCGCCCAUCCGCAAGCCUCACCCCUUCCUGCAGUCGCCCAAGCAGGGCUCCAACUCGCCCUACCAGCAGCUGGUGCUCACCAAGCAGAAGUGUCCCGACCGCUUCAUGAGCCUCGAGUACAGCCCGGCCGGCAAGGAGUACGUGCGGCAGCUGGUCUACGUGGAGCAGUCGGGCUCCAGCCCCAAGAUGAAGACGGGGCUGCGGCACAAGUACUCGCCCAACCCCAUCGGCGGCUCCUACUCGCUGCAGCACAGCCCCUGCCUGGUCCGCGACCAGCGCCUGGAGAUCAAGUCGGGAGACUACAGCAGCAUGGAGGGGCCCGACUUCUGCCACGGCCAGCCGGGCGGCCCGCUCCCCCAGGGCGAGGACUCCAUGUCGUGGUCCAGCCAGCAGGACACCAUGUCUUCGACGGGCUACUCGCCCAGCACCAGGAAGAGGAAGAGCCGGAAGCCCUCCCUGUCGCACGACCCCAACGCCUCCUCCACGGACGGCUCGGGGGACCGCGAGGCGCCGGGCGAGCAGCUGCCGGGCGAGGAGAGGGCGGCGCCGGGGGCCGCCCGGACGCAGCUGAACCGCGCGGAGAGCAAAGCGGCGGAGGCGGAGGCGGCGCGCGGCUUCCCCGAGCCCUUCCUGGCGCAGGCCCGCCUGGCCUGGGAGGCCCAGCAGGCUCACUACCACAUGAAGCAGCGCAGCAGCUGGGACUCGCAGAAGGACGGCUCGGGCUACGAGAGCGACGGCGCCCUGCCCUUGCCCAUGCCGGGCCCCGUGGUGCGCGCCUUCAGCGAGGACGAGGCCCUGGCCCAGCAGGACAGCAAGCACUGGAAGAGGAACACCUUCGAGAAGCUGGGCUUCCCCCAGAUCCUGCUGGAGAAGAGCGUGUCCGUGCAGACCAACCUGGCCUCCCCCGAGCCCUACCUGCACCCGUCCCAGUCGGAGGAUCUCGGUGCCUGCGCCCAGUUCGAGAGCAGCAGACAGAACAGGAACAUGAUGCCUAGCGCCAGCUGUGUCUUCCCCACCUUCAACCUGCGCAAGCCCUCUUCGGAGACGGACAUUGAGAACUGGGCUUCCAAGCACUUCAACAAGCACACCCAAGGGCUCUUCCGGAGGAAGGUGUCCAUCGCCAACAUGCUGGCCUGGAGCAGCGAGUCCAUCAAGAAACCCAUGAUCAUGACCAACGACCGCAACGUCAAGAAGGAGGCGUGCGAGAUAUUUAAACUGAUUCAGAUGUACAUGGGGGACCGGCGGGCCAAGACGGACCAACUCAACGUGGCCUUGGAGAUCGCCACCAAAGGCUGGAGCAUGCAGGGCCUGCGAGAUGAGCUCUACAUCCAGCUGUGCCGGCAGACCACCGAGAACUUCCGUUACGAGAGCCUGGCCCGGGGCUGGGAGCUCAUGGCCAUUUGUCUGGCCUUUUUCCCACCCACUCCCAAAUUCCAUUCCUAUCUAGAAGGAUAUAUUUACAGGCAUAUGGAUCCGGUGAAUGACACAAAAGUGACACAGCACAUUAAAGAGCUCCUGGAAAGGAACAGUAAGAAGAAGUCCAAAUUGCGAAAGAAACCCAAGCCCUAUAUCGAAGAGCAUGAUGGGGUGGCAAUAAGCACUUACGCCAAGUACUGCUACAACAAGCUCCAGAAAGCGGCCUUGACGGGCGCCAAGAAGGGCCUGAAGAAGCCGAACAUCGAGGAGAUCCGGCACGCGAAGAACGCCGUGUUCAACCCCUCCAUGUUCGGCAGCUCCCUGCAGGACAUCAUCAACAUGCAGAAGGAGCGGUACCCGGACCGGCAGCUGCCCUGGGUGCAGACCCGCCUGUCCGAGGAGGUGCUGGCGCUCAACGGCGACCAGACUGAGGGCAUCUUCAGGGUCCCCGGGGACAUCGACGAAGUCAACGCCCUCAAGCUGCAGGUGGAUCAGUGGAAGAUCCCCACGGGCUUGGAGGACCCGCACGUUCCCGCCUCCCUGCUGAAGCUGUGGUACCGGGAGCUGGAGGAGCCGCUGAUCCCCCACGAGUUUUACGAGCAGUGCAUCACCCACUACGAGAACCCCGAGGCCGCCAUCGCUGUCGUCCACUCUCUGCCCAGGAUCAACAAAACGGUGCUGUGCUACCUCAUCCGCUUCCUACAGGUGUUCGUGCAGCCGGCCAACGUGGCCGUCACCAAGAUGGACGUCAAUAACCUGGCCAUGGUGAUGGCCCCCAACUGCCUGCGCUGCCAGUCGGACGACCCGCGCAUCAUCUUCGAGAACACCCGCAAGGAGAUGUCCUUCAUCCGGGUGCUCAUCCAGCACCUCGACACCAGCUUCAUGGAGGGCGUCCUAUAGCAGCGCGCGGGGGCGAAGCCGCACCCGAAUCCCACCUCCGCCGCCCCCGUCCCCUCCGACCCCACCCGGCCGAGCGCUGCCAGCCGGACCCCGCGGCAGGGCGGACCCCGUCCUCUCCGGGCCCUCGGGCCGGCUCGCUGCCCUGCCGGAGCGGUCGGCUGGCUCGGGGGGCUCCGCGUCUCCCGCCAGGGCUGGGGGUCACGAGCAGCCUGGGGGGCCACGCGCGGUGCAGGGGCAGAUCGGCCCGUCCCUCUGCCCCACUUAGGGCUGUUUCCGACGGGCCCACGAGCUCCCGCUGGCCAGGACCGGCCGAGCCUCCGGGGCUGCAAUCCGAGCAAAGCCGGAGGCGCCGGGGGCCACGGGUGCCCCCCGUGCAAGGGCCGGGGCCGGCGCGUCCAGGCUCUGCUGCGGGACCCCCAAGGAGUCAUCGCCAGCGAGCGAGGCGGCCGGCAGCAAAGCGGAAGACCACGGGAACCGGGGGCCGGGAGCAUCCCCCGGCACCCUCAGCGGUGAACGCUCAUGGAGGGGGGUUCUGGCACCCCUCUGGCACCCGGUGCCGGGCCAGCCCCGUCCCCGUGCACCGUCGUCAUCUCCCAGCCGGGCCACAGCUCUCCACACGUGCAGAGAUGACAUUUCCCGUCUCCCUCUGGGCCCUGGCAGCGCCGUCGGACCGCACUGGACCCGUCUCAUCAGCACUGUCUGGUCCUGCUGGACCCAUCUUGGCACCCAUCAUCUCCGCCGGGACCUGCCAGAGCCAUCACGGCGCCUGUUGUCAUCACAUGGCCCUGCCGGACCCAUCUUGGAGCCCGUCAUCUCCACGUGGCCCUGCCAGAGCCAUCUUGGAGCCCGUCAUCUCCACCUGGCCUUGCUGGACCCACCUUGGUGCCUGUCAUCUCUACCUGGUCCCGCUGGACCUAUCGUGGUGCCCGCCAUCUCCGCCUGGUCCUGCUGGGCCCGUCUUGGUGCCUGUCAUCUCCGCUUGGUCCUGCCGGACCCAUCUGGGUGCCCAUCAUCUCUGCCUGGCCCUGACGGACCUGUCUAGGCACCCGUCAUCUCCACUUGGCCCUGCUGGACCCGUCUCAGUGCCCGUCAUUGCCUCCUGGCCCUGCUGGACCCAUCUUGGUGCCCAUCAUCUCCACCUGGCCCUGCUGGACGGAUCUUGGCACCCAUCAUCUCCACUUGGCCCUGCUGGACGGAUCUUGGAGCCCGUCAUCUCCACCUGGCCCUGCUGGACAGAUCUUGGUGCCCAUCAUCUCCACUUGGCCCUGCUGGACGGAUCUUGGCACCCAUCAUCUCCACUUGGCCCUGCUGGACCCGUCUCAGCACCCGUCAUUGCCUCCUGGCCCUGCUGGACCCAUCUUGGUGCCCAUCAUCUCCACCUGGCCCUGCUGGACGGAUCUUGGAGCCCGUCAUCUCCACUUGGCCUUGCUGGACAGAUCUUGGAGCCCGUCAUCUCCACUUGGCCUUGCUGGACCCAUCUUGGUGCCCAUCAUCUCCACUUGGCGUUGCUGGACCCAUCUUGGAGCCCAUCAUCUCCACCUGGCCCUGAUGGACCUGUCUAGGUGCCCAUCAUCUCCACCUGUCCCUGCUAGACCCAUCUCGGCGCCCGUCAUCGCCUCCUGGCCCUGCUGGACCCAUCUUGGUGCCCAUCAUCUCCCCUUGGCCCCCCCCGGACCCGUCUCAGCGCCCACCAUCACCGCCGGACCCGAAGGAUCCGUCUCACCCAGGAGAGCCCCACCGAGCCCCCGGGGCCGCCGGGAGAGCCGGGGGGAGCCGGGGGGGAGCCCGCGCGCCGGCCCCGCGGCUCCCGCGAGCAAGUGCCUUCGGCUCCAUCCCCACCGCGCGGGCCGGCGAGGGACGGCGCCGGGGACGGGGCGGGGGGCACCGGGCCGGCGCGGGGGGGGGCAACCCGGGCCGGUAAGAGUAUAUAGAGCUAUACAGAGAGAUAUUACCUAGGAACCUUUGCUAACGACAUAGUUUUAACCCCAGAUUAUUUUAUCUUCGGGGCCGUCGCCCGCCCAUCGGCGACGGCCCGGGGAGGGGGGGCUCGGCCCCCCCCCACCCAGCUGUGCGCACUGCCAGGCGGCCGAGCCGCGCGGGGAGCGGGCGCUGCGGGGGCCCCCCCCUCGCCCGCCGGCCGCCGCACACCUUGUACAGAGAUGUCUUUUUUUUUUUCCUUUUUCUUUGAUUUUUUUUAAUAAAAAUAAAGCCGGCCGCCCGCGCCGCCGCCGGUGCCCGUUGCGCCGCAGCCCGGGUCCCGCUGCGCUGUACAUUUUGGGUGUCUGGCUUGCGUUCUCGUCGGUGUAAACUUGAUUUUUCUUUUUUUUUUUUUUCCUGGGUUUUAUAUAUUUUUCUCUCUCUUUUUUUUUUUUUUUUAGAAUCGAGUUUUUAUUUAUUAUUAAAACGAUUUAAAAAAAAAAAACACACACAAGCCCAAACCACUAAGCGGCAAGGCCGAGGGCCCCGAAAGGCGGCGGCGGGAGGGUGCUGGCGCGGGGCUCGGCCGCGCUGCCCCCGCCGCCCUCCCCGGGGCCCCCCCGGGCGGGCGCCGCCGCGUGCCGGCGCCCCACGAACUCUGUAAUUACGAAGCAUGGACAUGUAGAGGCGACUCCAUGUUGUGUGAAUAAAGCUACAUAUGGCCACUG